AUGGUCAGCCAAGCACCCAAGGUCCCUGUAUGUGCCACGUGCGGGGAAGAGGGUCAUGCCAGAAGCAACAGCUCGUUGUGUACCAAGAAGAACCCACUCUGGAGCUCUACCUUGCCUGGCUGUGGCCCAAACGAGUAUGCCAAGGCCGAGUACUCCACCGUCAAGUGCACCCUCGACGCCAUCAUCAAGAACGAUGCCUUGCACGACAAGAUCGAGGAGACUGUCCGGGCCAUGACACACGUGCAGUACGAAGCAUCUCGUCUCCUGGAGCUGCAUCUCAGGCGGUGCUUGGACGAGGGCAUCACUCUCCCCACCGUGUCGUCGAGACAAACACCCCAGAAGAUGACAGGCACAUCCUCGACACAUAUGGCAUGUAUCGAAGUACAUGGGGAAAGUCGUGUAUCCUGCCUCCAGUGUCCCUCCCAAAGGGUACUGGGUCACAGGUCCUUGGUUUGGCUGUCAAGACCUAUGCUGUCAACUGCGAGACCCACGUUCUCGAUCGGUAUUGGUCCCUUCUACGCCGAUACUGCAAUUUGGUCCUGGUUGCUCCCAAGGGUGUGAAACGGCGCACACACGUCGAUGAGUGCAUGAAGCUGAUGGAGAACCCCCUCUCCAAGACACUCCUCGUUGAUCUGAGAAAAUCCUUCGCCCACCAUGCCGAC